AUGCCCUCGCCGCCCCCAACUCAAGCUGCGUGGCCUCCACGAUUUCGCCGACCGCAGCUACGAUAUGCUACCCUUAUCGUUCCUAGGACUGGCCGGCGCGUUAGAAGCCCGGAUGCCCUACACACGAUCUUCGACUCUCCCGAUGACCAAACUCCGCUACUGCCACGGAGCUCCCUCCCGUCCCGGAAUACCGAGAAUACAUGGCUCAAUCGAGCCAAAGCCGUGAAAGCUAGUGCCUUUGCAUUCUUUGCAUCCGAGACGGGCAAGGGUGUGCUUAAAUGUAGCCUCGCAUAUUUGCUCGGGACGCUCGCGACGUUCGUUCCCCCGAUAGCCGCGUUACUGGGCCAGCAAGGCGGCAAACAUACUGUUGCAACGAUAACGGUGUAUUUUCAUCCUGCGAGAACGAUGGGAAGUAUGCUCUUUGCUCUCGUGUGUGCAUCUGUGGCAUUCAUAUAUGCUUCACUUAUAUCCGUCAUGAGCAUGGGAGUGUCUGUUUUUUUUGAAGAUGCCGUUCAUCUCCUUCCUCUAGGCCAUGCAAUUGUCCUUUUGGUCUUUUGUGGUGGUGGCCUGGGGCUUGUCGGGUGGGUGAAGCAAAAAAUGGGUGACCCGUUGGUGAACGUUGGUUGCUCGCUAGCCUCCCUCGCGAUCGUCACCGUAUUGACGAAAGAAGGUGCUGUGCAGCGAGGGGAUAUCUCGUUUGUCAAAAUAUCGCAGGUCCUGAAAAUGCUACUUAUGGGGACUCUCGCAACAGGGGCUGUGUGCUUUGCUGUCUAUCCGGUGUCUGCUAGAACUAAGCUUCGGCAGGCCUUGAUAGAAGCGACUGAUUCUCUCUCUGAUAUGUUGCGGAUUAUCACAGAAACGUUUUUAGAAGGAUCAGAGGAUUUAUUGGAACAAAAGGAAUUCCUGGAAGCUUCUGAGCGAAACAAGACAGCAUCUGCAAAUAUCGAUAAAUUGCUGAAAGAGGCCAAAUUUGAGCACUAUGUUAUGGGGACUGCAAAUGAAUAUUAUCUCGAGAAGAAACUUUCCAUGUGUAUCCAGGAUUUGGCCCAAAACACGGGCGGUCUCCGAAGCGCCGCUGAACUUCAGUUUGGUUUACUGAAACAAUCCUACGUUCCGAAUCGCUCGACUUCAUCGUCUGAAGGUAAUCUGGAAUCUCAAAACGAGGAGGCGUUUCCCUCAAUAUUCUCUCCUGUGUCAACAAUACGGGAACAAGUAACACCAAGUGAAUACUUUAUGGAAAGUUCAGACAAUGGGCCACAAUCACACGGUCUCAGUCUCCAAGCUUCCCCCAUGGAAUCUAGCGAGAAUAUCGAGCCAAAUUCUCCGGCCGAUAUAUUCGAGAAGUUUAUUUUCCAUCUUGGACCAUCGAUGAGGUCAUUAGCUUAUACCCUCCGAGAAAUUCUCGGCGAGCUCCCAUAUGGUCCUGCGCCGGCUUUCAAAAUUGCCAUUAACAACAAGUUCCGGAUCAGUUUGGACCGUGCUUUGGGUUUAUAUCGAACCUCUAGAAAUGAUGCUUUGAAUAUCAUUUACAUGCGGAAAGAUUUCAUAAAGGUCAGGUCCGCUGAAGUUCAAGCCGAUCUUGAGGAAGUGGCAGCAAGCUGUGGCCAUUUCAGUUUUUCAUUGCAAGAGUUCGCCGAAGAAUUGAAAGAUUUCCUUGAUAUACUGGAUGAAUUGCAGCUGGAAACAGAAGAAAGGCCCGGUGGGCGAUCGUGGGCAUGGCUAAAUCCUUGGUCGUCACAUCGAAGGAUCAAUGGCGAUGAUAGUAUAUCCAACCCUGAUGUUUCAGUCCCUUCGAUGAACCCAAAACUACUGGGUACCGUUACGUCAAGUACCUUGAAAGCAAAGGGAAGCCUCCGAUUUAGGUUAUGGAAGGGCCUGACAAUAUUUCGACGGGACGAGACUAAAUUUGCCAUCAAAGUGGGAGCCGGCGCCGCGCUCUACGCCUUGCCCUCCUUUUUACACUCUACGCGCCCUAUCUAUUCUCAUUGGCGAGGCGAAUGGGGUUUGCUCUCAUACAUGUUUGUUUGUUCCAUGACCAUUGGCGCAUCGAACACUACAGGGUAUGCACGAUUUUUUGGUACUUGUCUAGGUGCAUUUUGCGCGCUGGCAGCUUGGUACGUGACGCGUGCAAACGUCUUUGGACUGCUCUUCUUAGGCUGGACAAUGUCUGCAUGGACAGCCUACAUUAUCAUCGGCCAGGGCCGUGGGCCGAUGGGCCGUUUCAUCAUGCUGACAUACAAUUUGGUGGUACUUUACUCGUACUCCUUGUCACUAAAGGAUAGCGAUGACGGCCAAGAUGAGGGUGGAGCAAGCCCUUUGGUUGCAGAUAUCGCACUCCAUCGGGUUGUAGCCGUUUCAUCUGGUAUCGUCUGGGGUAUCUUUAUCACGAGAGUUAUCUGGCCUAUAAGUGCUCGGAGGAAGCUAAAAGAUGGUUUGAGCUUGCUAUGGCUCCGGAUGAGUAUUAUUUGGAAGAGGGAUCCUCUUUCCACGAUGACUCGGGACGGCUCUGCAAAUGCGUACUACACCACUAAAGAAAAGCUCGAGCUCCAGCGUUUUCUCGCCCACCUGGAGACUCUCCGCAUUUCUGCUAACUCUGAGUUUUCCUUGAAGCGGCCGUUUCCUGAUGCCUCUUAUCGGGCUUGCCUUUCAGGCACACGCCGCAUGCUGGACGCAUUUCAGGCUAUGAACCUUGAAAUUAUGAAGAACCUAACGGCAUCAGAGGGUGAAGCCGCCAUGCUAAGGCACACAUUGGCGGAUAGGAGGCAGCUCUCGGCAAGAAUUACGCAUUUACUUGCAAUUUUGGCAUCGUCAAUGAAGUUGGGAUAUCAACUUAAUGACACGCCGCCAGAUAUCGACCACUCGAGAGAUAGACUAUUGGCGCGGCUUCAUCAUUUUCGAAAAGACCAAACAACAUCCAGGCUAACGACUGACGAAGACUAUGCCCUGUUAUAUGCAUUUGUGCUAGUUACAGGCCAGCUGCGAGAUGAAAUCAUGGCCGUGAUAGACGAACCCAGGCGCCCCGCGUCCACCUCGGCGAUGCAGAUUAACCCGGCGGCUUUGACAGGGACGGACUCUGCGUCGACGUCGGUCCCUGCUGUUAAACCUGCCAUCUCUGCCCCUACAGCUACACAGAAAACUACAAAGGCGCUGAUAUCCGUUCCGCGGCUUGACUUUGAGCCCAUCUACACGGAAUUGAAGAUAGCCGUUGGGGAUAACUGGGUUGCGUACAAGCAAGCCACAACACUUUUCCUUCUAGGGCAUUUGAACCAAAAUGAAUUCUCGAGACGUGUUGACCACUUCCUAUGCGCUGACCCCAAGCUGGAACAUCUGCAUAACAACUUCAUCUGUGCCAUAAUUGGGAACCUCACCAGAGACCUUCCAGACCAUGGCGUUGCCAGCUGGGUUUCUGCAAAUGACAAGCCGACCGUGGUGUCGAAGCCGGCUUCUGGUGAUGCCGCUGAGCAGCGACUCAAGACAGAAGUUAUGCAGCUACAACCGAGAGAUAGGAGAAGAUUGAAAGCUAUUCCGGAACCGGACCCUCAUGCUAUCCCAAACCCUCUUGAGGAAUACCACCUAGCGAAGCAGAUACGAAUAACGGAUCAAGUUCCCGCCAACGCAGGAGGGCUGAAUACGCCGAAUUGGGAGCUUGAAAUCCGAAAACGAUAUGCCCAACCGCUUGCUUCUGAAAUAGGUGAAUUCCCUGAUGCCGAAUCAAUACAUGCGCGCAUGGUACCCAUUUGCUACGAGGAAUCUGUAACGAACGGAGCUUCGUUUCCCUGCGCCGUGUUCAUGUCGAUUGCUACCGAAAACUUUAUCAAGGAAUUUCUCUCGCACGUAUUCGCACAGACGAGAGCGAAUGGUCCCUCAGGAACAAUAAACGGCACAAUGACGAGAAAAUAUAGGCAGCAGCUGGAAAAAGAAGAGCUAGCCUUUUCUCGUGGAGAGUUAGUAAAGAAUUCUGCGAAUGGGUUAUUGCCUGUCGAAGCAAAAGAAGCCAGCACGAGACAAGCCCUCGGCGUCCAAGAUCUCAAAUUUACAUUGGAUCUGAAUGGGAACCUGUUAGGUCAUAUGCCGUUAAUCGUCAAUCAGAUCAUGAACGGUUACCUGGAUGGAGAACUUGAAGCAGAACAUGAAGGUUAUCUGGAGCUUGAAGACGGCACACAAGAAGAUCCAUUUGAACCGGAUGAAAUGGAUAUCGACGAAGCUGGCUGGGACUGGCAAGGCGCAACUGCUGCAGAUCGAGAGCAGUUGAACUCUCUCCUUGACGAGUGCCUUAGCAUGGCUGCUUGA